AGAAGAUAAGACUCACUCACUCACUCGUUAUCAUAUCAGAGCAGAAUAGAAUAGAAGAAUUAUCAUCAUGGCAGCGUUCUCUUCCAUUUCUUCUUCGCCAUUCUCAUUAUCAAUACCCUCCUCAUCCCGUUCAACUUCACUUUCAUUCUCAUUAUCUUCUUCUUCUUCUUCUCAAUUUCUGAAAUUGCCACAACAACAACAUACAAAAAAAAGAAGAGGGAUGGUGGUGAUGAUGAGCUUGGAAGCAGGUGUUGGAGUCAUGGCUACCAAAUUGGGAAUGAUGAGCUUUUUCGAACCUAGUGGUGAGGUUGUUCCUGUCACCGUUGUCGGUUUCAAAGAAGGCAACAUCGUCACUCAGAUCAAAACUGACGCCACCGACGGUUACAACGCCGUCCAAGUUGGUUACCGUAGGGUUAGGGACCGCAAAUUAACCAAACCCGAAAUGGGUCAUCUUGAAAAGGCGGGUGCCAUUCCCAUGCGCCAUCUUCAGGAGUUUCGUCUUCAAAGCGUUGAAGGUUUUCAAGUUAAUCAGCGCCUUGUUUUUGAUGAACUUUUCAACGAGGGUGAUCUUGUUGAUGUCUCCGGCACCACUAUCGGCAAGGGUUUCCAAGGUGGUAUCAAGCGUUAUAACUUCAAAAGGGGUCCAAUGAGCCAUGGUUCCAAGAGUCAUAGACAGCUGGGAUCAAUUGGUGCCGGAACUACGCCUGGACGUGUAUACAAGGGAAAGAAGAUGCCUGGUAGGAUGGGUGGAACCAAUAGGAAGACCAGAAAGCUUAAGAUUGUUAAAAUUGAUAAAGAUCUUAAUGUUAUCAUGAUCAAAGGUGCUCUUCCUGGUAAGCCUGGGAAUCUUCUGCGGAUAGCUCCCGCCAAGAUAGUUGGCAAGAACAUUCCAAAGAAUUAGUUUUUUCUUUUUUCUUUCUUUAACUUGUCUUUACCUGUUGUUUGUAUUCACCUGUAAGCCCUUCAUUUUCAAAUUUAUGUAUUCUACUCUUACCUUUUCAAGCAGAUCCAUCAAUGAAAAUGUAUUAUUACUAUAUGUUAUUAAGGAAUACAAUACAAUUCAUUAUGAACUGGUAUAUAUUCCCUAAGAGGACAAAAUUAACAAUGGAAACCUUUCUCACUUGGUGAAA